AUGGGUGAUAAAAGUAAUUUGAAACGCCAUAUACAGGCAGUGCACAUGAAAAAAGUUGCGAAAACGUGUGAAAUAUGCGGUAAAGAUUUUGUGCACAUAAAUCUCUACAAAUAUCACAUUAUUCUUGAAGAACCGGAACAUUCAUGCUAUGCUAUUUGUGCAGAUUGUGGCAACAAAUUGAAGAAGUUUGCUAUAUUUCGCGCCACUUGCAUAAACAAUAAUGAAAGAUUUAGACAACUGUCAAAACCUCGUAAGCAGCUAUGUACCAUUUGUGGAAAGUUGAUUAUAAAUAUGCAAAACCACAUUCUAUCCCAUACGAAAGAGCAAAAGUUUGCUUGCUCAUAUUGCCCAAUGAAAUGCAGCCGCAAAACUCAGCUUAAACUGCACAUAGAUGCGGUACACCUUAAAAAAAUAGUACAAAAAUGUGAGAUAUGUAACAGAGGGUUCACGCACGUUACUAGCUACACUGCGCAUAUGCGUGCUCAACACGGCGUAGGCGAAUCGUAUGAGUGCAAAGCAUGCGGUAUCAAAUUUCGACACCGAGGCGGCUUAAGAGGACAUAAUAACCGAAAACAUAAUGAUGAAAGCAAUUGCAAAUGCCCGAUUUGCGGAAUGCAGUUUCAAGACAAAAAAGGGCUUAAAUGCCACUUCAGAGUGCACUCUACCGAAAAGCCUUUUGCUUGCAAAUACUGUCCUAAACGCUUCAAAGGCCCAUAUGCUAGACGAGUACACGAGCUGACUCACAGUGGUAUUAUGUUUCAAUGCACUUUGUGCGAUAAAUCAUAUAGAUACAAAGCGCUGUUUAAUGAUCAUAUGAGAAAAUGUCAUGGAGAAAAGGAUGCCAAAUUGACAAAACAAUGCUAA